GGCGCAUGCGCAGAAGUACGCUGAACCCGGAAGUGAAGUUUGAGUGUGUUGUGUUGUGUGUUUGAAAAAACCGUUUGUAGUUUUUAUUACACAAAACUUUUAUCUUUAAACACCGUUUUAUCUGUUUUUAUCUUUUUCGGUGUUUUCAGAGACGAAGUAAAGAACAUGGACAGUGCCCUGAUGCAAAUGACCCCGCCCCCUCUCCCCCUAAGCCCCGCCCACAUCCCACCCCAGUGUCCAGAACUGGACCUGUCUCUUACACUGACUCCAGAGAGACCAGGACACUCAGCUGGAGCUCUGAGAAAAGAUAAAAAACACCCGCGGCAGGUGCGUUUCGCUGUGACUCCUGACUCCUCCUUUGACCAGUCUCCUGUUACCAUGGAAAUUGUGCAACAUGACAGUAACCAAUCAGCAGCUGAGAAACAACACAGGAAAGGAAAACAAGGUCCACACACAGGUGAACGGGGGGGCGUGUCUGCUCAGAAUGAUGGACAGCUGUCGGAAGAGGUGGAGCUAAACACUACACUUGCCCUGAAGGCGGAGCUACAAAAGCUGGAGGAGGCAGAGUUUAACUCCCAAAAGGCCGUGCAGGAGAGACUGCAGAACUCCAGUACUGUGCAGGAGUGUGUCAGAACCCGAGCAACUGAGGGUCUGAAUUUUCCACGCUCUCAUCAUCUCUACCAUGCUCUUGUCAGUGUCAGUCUGUCACAUGAGGAGCUCAUCACUGAGGCUUUGCGUGACAGGCCAACAUUAGCCCCGCCCACAACCAGCCACCACAUAAAGCCCCGGUCACCUCCAGAAAAAGGCCCUGACCUGCUUUUCUUCUACGAACCUAACUGCGUUGUCAGGGAAACGCCCCUGUUGCCAGGCAACCACAUCCCUUUACCCCAUCCACAUCCAUCCCCCAGACCUGCUCACAUGACCUUUCACCUACUUCAGAGACACAGACAGUGGGAGGCAUGAGCCAAGCUAACUGUGGGCAUUUGUCACUUCCUGUGGGUGGAGUCUAUUAUAUGUGCUGUGUGUAAAACUUCAAUAAUUAAUAAAUAUUGAUGUUGAGA